AUGGGUGCUGAGGCGGCUGGGCCCUACCAACCUCGUUCUGAAACGUCCAUCAAGCUACCGAACUUACAGAAUCUUCCAUAUUCCAAUGAAAGCAGCGCCAUGCAAGCAACGCCGUGCACCCUGGCUGAACUCAUGACGGAACUUGUAAGCGGUGUCACUAAGUUCAUCAGACACGGAGGUAGCGAAGAGGGAUCAGAAAUUCGAGAGUUCUCAAAACUACGGACUGUACUAAGCGAUGUGCUUGCCCAUAGUGUGUGGCACGGCAGUCGAUGGCGCAGACGGCACCAUGAUGGGAGGCGCACGGGAAGUGAAAAGAAAGUGCCUGUCCUGGUCUACCGGCAAGCGCGCUUUGUACCACCGCUUCAACCACGAUAA